AUGGCGUUUAGGUCUCUGACAGAAAGUUUCACGUUUAUGAGAAAUAAUGCAUUCCAAAACAGGAGUUUCUAUCGUGACGAUAAAUCUGAUCAAGAAUCAUUGGUAUCCAAAUCUAAAAAUAAAGCUCCUGUCAAUAACUCUACUAAGAAGUUACGUAAUGAAUGGCAAACCACAGUCAAUUCACUUCAGUAUACGUUCAGCAUGAUACGACAAAAAAUGAAAGAAGUUAUUGCUCUUCAUGAUAGACAUCUCAUGGCUUCGAAUUUGGAUGACAACUUAGAUGAAGAUCAGGAAAUAGAGUUUCAAACUAAAGAGCUUACUCAGUUGUUUAAUCUAUCACAUAGCCAACUUGGCCAGUUAUCCAAAUUGAAACGUUCCUCAGCUAUGUGGCAACAAUCGCAAGAAGCCAAGUUGGCAGAAAACGUUGUUUGUAAUCUGGCGCGAACUCUUCAAGAUCUCUCAGUGGCAUUUCGAAAGGCACAAUCAGAAUAUCUAAAUAAACUUCGAUCCAGAGAUGAACGAAUACGUAGUUACUUAAAUAUAGAUUUAAAUAUAGGAGAUACAUCAUCAACAUCAAACAACCUGGUAAAUGAGUUUGAAGAUGGUGAUUAUGCUGUUUGGGAAUCACAAAAACAAAGACGGAGUUUAUUACUUACAGAAAAUACAAACAUGGUUGUACAACGUGAACAAGAAAUUCAUCAGAUUGUUCAGUCUAUUCAUGAAUUGAAUGAGAUUUUUCGCGAUGUUGCACAAAUGGUUGUGGAUCAAGGGACAUUAGUGGAUCGUAUCGAUUAUAAUGUGGAGCAUACUCAAAUUCGAGUUGAAGAGGGUUUAAAGCACUUGACAAAAGCUCAAAGUCACCAAUCGAAGGAUCGUAAAAUGAUUGUUAUCCUUGUAUUGGCUGGAUUGGUCAUUAUAUUCGGUGUUCUACUGAUUGUUACCAAAUUUCGAUAA